AUGGCCUCGAGACAAAAUCCUCAACCACGGCUACAAGUCCCGGUCCCGAAAUUCCCACUGUCUUCACCUAUCAGUGAGGAAAUCUCGAGUCCGUCAUGUUCAUCGGCAGAGGAGCGCGAGUUGGAGCGAACCAGACCGUUCGAUGUUUUGGUCAAGGCGACGCGCCAGAGACUCGAUACGACGUCGGGAAGUGGAAGAGAUGGACUCAGAUCGCCAAAUCUCUCGCACCGGGAUCAUGAAAUAGCGGAGACUCCGAAGAAUCCGAGACUGAGUCUUCGGGGCUUCACAAAGAAGAAGAAUGCGUCCAAGCCAGUCGGACUUAACCUGGUUACGAACUUUACACUCGGGCCUUCGCCAAAGCACACAAGAACAUCAGAGGAGAACACGCUUGCACCAUUUGUGGACUUGAAUGAUCUGAAGCAGCUGUCAAAAGCACGAGAGAAAAAGCGGGAGGCGAAGAAGUCAAAGACUGAUGAGAGAAAUAACUUGAUGGCUGCGUCGGUUGCUUCAAGGGGCUUCCAACCGGCCGCGGAGACGAUAGAACCAAGUGGGAACCCGUUUCUGGACCCGAACCUCGAUAACUCCUCUGCUGAUAGACACUAUCAUGGCCUUUCCCCUUCAGAUCGCCAUGUCAUGAUCGGCCUGGCAGUGCCGCGCCAUGAAUCCUCGGAAAUGAACAAGGAGCUCGAUAGCGCAGGGGAUCAACAUACUCCUCUCACACCAUCCAUCAUCGUCACCCCAGCCCGCGAAGAUGCACCAUGGUCUACAUCCAGUCCUGAAACGCUGCGGCCCCGAGCCACAUCCAGCGUUUACUCCCAAUCAACACCCCGUCUAUGGUCAAACGAGGCUGAUAUCCCACCGGUACCUGCGAUUCCAGCCGAACACUCAACUUCUAGGAUGUCUAAAUUUGGGUCUAUCCUCCUAAGUGCACAUGCCAUUGCCGCGGGUCGAGAACAGAAGCAUCGUUCUGUGUCCGCCGAUACUAUUAUCGAAGAUGACAGUCCUGCACAGGAACACUCCCACUCUCGAGGGACAGAAGACCAUGAUCAAGCACCAUUAACAGAACAUACCCUAACCGUGAACACGGAAACAAGACCUCAGUCCCAAGGAUGGUGGACAUAUCUUCUCUCACCACUCCUCGGCAAAAAAUCACCAUUGAGCCCGAACUUCCCCCGCCGAAGCCCUUCAUCUUCAAACCCCACAAAAACCAAAAAAUCCAAGGAAUGGUGGGAGAAAGAAGUCUCAUGCUUCUCGCCAGAAACACCAGAGACGACAAUGACAGAGUGGUGGAACGAUGAUAAAGAUAAAGAUCUGAAUAUUCCAGAUGGCAUUGAACAGUCUCGCUCGCUAGAGGUCGAGGAUGAUACGAGUACUCCAGAAUCCAAACGACAAACCACGCAUUCGUUCAUGCUCGGCAGUCAUUGUAUUCAGGGUGAAGCAGCUGAGUACUAUCAAGCCUGUGCACAUGAAUUGUUCAGCAAAACGCCCUACUUCGAAUGCUACAACCAUAUUUGCUCAGUUACACCCCCUCAUGUAAUUGCUUGUCGACAGGCUACCGAGGACACCGAGGCAGGUGAAACGCGAGAUAGGGGGCUGAUUCUUGCUGAAGCUGGUGUUGGAAUUCCAGAAUCUCAGGCAAUGACUGAUCAGACGGCUACUUCUCGUGGUCUACUUAUCGAUGUGGACUCGCCUAGCCCUGAUGUCUUGGAGGCAGGUUAUAGUGAGCAUGGGCCUCCCUCGGCAGCAUCUUCUGACUCUGGGAGCUGGUGUUCUUCAUUAUCGGAUGACCAUGAGAAGAGCCUGCCUGAGCCGCCGAAGGAAGUAUCUGGGGAGGUUGUUCCUGAGCCUCAACAUGCGCCUGCGCCAGUGCCUAAUACUGUCCCCGAGCCUACUCCUGCACCGACACCAGUUCUUCAAGAACCAACAGAUCCUCCGCCUCCUCUGCCGCUAGAGAUACCUUGGGAACCAACGCCUGCCCCAGCCCCGGCUCCCGGGUCAGAGCUUAUGCAUCCUCCAGCCCCUCCGCAGAUUAUAAACAACUAUCACUAUCCACCAGCGCCAGCAGCAGGUCAACCUCAGACCAUUACUGUGGAGCGAGCGAUACCUCACUAUGUUCCGGUCUUUCCUCCUCAUAACGGCAUGCAAGAGCAGCCACCGCCACCGCCACCGCAAUGUGUGCCUGUUUCCAUGCCCGAGGAACCUAGACCUAAAGAACCUGGGGGAUCAUCUGCUCCACCAAACCAUCUGAGCUCAUCAGAAUGGACUUCGCAACAAGCAGGCGCUCAACAACUACCCCAAGGGAUAGCCCGUGGUCCAACCCAUGAGCCCGACAGCCAGGCCCGCGGGAUGCCAACUCAAGAACUUACGCCUAUUUCCCCGGCCUUUCAACGUGCUGCAGGAGGUCCUCACUCGAUCCCUCUGUCCGAGGUAAAUGCUCCUGCGCCAGCUUACUCGCAAUACCCUCGUGAGGCCCCUCUUCCACCUCGAUAUGACUUACACCCUGCUCCAGGAGCAUGGGUCAUGAAUCCUACUGGUCGAGCAGGUCCGGGGAGAAGCCCAGCGACGCAGGCUUGA